AGGCACCUCAGUGUCACCAGCGCUCCGCGCUCUGCUCUGACUCCGCCCCUUCAGUGGUACGCCCGCCUCCGCAAUGCCGCUCGUGGCUCCGCCCUCGGCUCCGCAAGGAGCUAUAAGCCCAUCUGUAAAGGCCGGACGGUGGCCCUGUUGCUGGGCCCUGCACUGGCCAGUGUGGGGGGCCGGGUGGUCUUCUGCCAGGUAGAGGUGACGGCUCAUCCAACGCCGGUACUGGAGAACACGAGACCAGAACCCGAGUUCAACUGGACCGAAUUCUGGAAACUUCUACGACCCCAACUGCCGGCCCUGAUCACCGCCGUGAUUCUGGCCUUCGGUGUUGCGUUGUUGAAUAUUCAGAUUCCGCUCAUCCUGGGAGAGUUGGUGAAUGUUGUGUCCCGCUACACGCGGCAGUAUGCCGGGAACUACCUGCAGGAGGUGCGGGGCCCCGCCAUCAGACUGCUGUCACUGUACGCGGCUCAGGGUGUUCUGACCAGCGCUUACAUCGUCCUGCUGUCGCUGGUCGGGGAGCGAGUGGCCGGCGGCAUGAGAAAAGCUUUAUUCACAUCUCUGCUGAGGCAGGACAUGGCGUUCUUCGAUGUGCAGAAGACCGGACUGCUGGUGAACCGCCUCACAUCCGAUGUCCAGGAGUUCAAAUCCGCCUUCAAGCAAGUCAUUUCCCAGGGUCUCAGGAACAGCACACAGACGUUGGGUUGCUUCGUGUCCCUCUAUUACAUCUCUCCGAAGCUGACAGGCCUGCUGGUGGUGGUGAUGCCGGUGUUGGUGGGGGCGGGGGCCGUCAUUGGCUCCUUCCUGCGCAGAUUGUCCCGCCGCGCCCAGGAACAGAUCGCCAAAGCCACUGGAGUUGCAGACGAGGCGCUGGGCAACGUGCGGACCGUCAGAGCGUUCGCCAUGGAGGAUAGAGAGGUGGGGUUGUACUCCGUGGAAGUGGACCGGUCCGGCCAGAUGAACGAGGUUCUGGGGAUUGGGAUAGCGCUCUUCCAGGGACUCUCCAACAUCGCUCUCAACUGUAUUGUCCUGGGAACCAUCUUUGUGGGCGGGUCUCUGAUGGCCGGGGAUGAACUGUCAGCCGGUGACCUCAUGUCUUUCCUGGUGGCCUCUCAGACGGUGCAGAGGUCCAUGGCCAACAUGUCGGUUCUGUUCGGUCAGGUGGUCCGCGGCCUCAGCGCAGGGGGGCGUGUCUUCGAGUUCAUGUGUCUGGAGGCGGAGAUUCCCCUCACUGGAGGCUCAAAACUUCCGCUGCUCAAAGGAGAGAUUCGCUUUACAGACAUCUCCUUCAGGUACCACGUGAGGCCGAAUGACCCGUGUCCCCCAGAGCGGGGCCCCUGUGUCCCUACGCAGAACACCUCACGCUAUGUACAGGCCUCACAAUGGGAGUGCAUGCCGGUCUGUGUGACGGCCCAGAGAGGCAAAGGCGUGAUCUGUGCUG